CGGGCGCGGCCGGCGGGGCCCGCAGCCCGGCAUGGGCGGCCGGGGGCCCGCAGCGCGGGGGAGGCGGCGGCGCUGACGGCCGGGGCCGGCGGAGGAGCUGGGCCGAGCCCCGCGUCUCCGUUGCACACGCAUGUGGCAAGCAAGGCCUGGCCCUGGUCGUACCCCUGCCCUGCACUCGCACGCUGGCGGCAGGAUCGGCGUUGACCGGAGCUGCCCCCGCACUUGGGGCACAUGCCCGCCCGCCCGUGCCUGCGCCUGGAAGAUGACCAGGCUGCUGCUGGGGGUGACGCUGGAACGCGUGUGCAAGGCCGUGCUGCUGCUGUGCUUGCUGCACUUUGCCGUCACCGGGGUGCUCUACUUCGACGUCUAUGCCCGCCACCUCGACUUCUUCAGCCGCUUCAAUAGCCGCAACGCCUCCCGCGCCACCCACGCCAGCGCCAAUGCCAGCGCCAGCGCCGCCCGGCCCCGCAGCACUGCUCCCAGCUGCGGCCCGCCCUCGCCCAGCCUCCGGCCCGACGCCAACCACACCGCCACCCUGCCACCCCUGCUGCCCUGCCAAGACGUGCCGCCUGGCUUAGUGGGGCGUCUCCUCAUCGAGUUCAGCUCGCCCAUGAGCAUGGAGCGGGUGCAGCGGGAGAACCCCGAGGUGCGGGCAGGCGGGCGGUACGUGCCCCCCGACUGCCAGCCCCGCCAGAGGGUGGCCGUGCUGGUCCCCUUCCGGCACCGCGAGCACCACCUCAAGUACUGGCUGCACUACCUGCACCCCAUCCUGCGCCGCCAGAAGGUCGCCUACGGCAUCUACAUCGUCAACCAGUACGGUGAGGACACGUUCAACCGGGCCAAGCUGCUGAAUGCCGGGUUCCUGGAGGCGCUGCGGGACGACCCCGAGUACGACUGCUUCAUCUUCAGCGACGUGGACCUGGUGCCCAUGGACGACCGCAACCUGUACCGCUGCUACGAGCAGCCCCGGCACUUCGCCAUCGCCAUGGACAAGUUCGGCUUCCGGCUGCCCUACGCCGGCUACUUCGGGGGCGUCUCUGGCCUCAGCAAGUCCCAGUUCCUGAAGAUCAACGGCUUCCCCAACGAGUACUGGGGCUGGGGCGGUGAAGACGACGACAUCUUCAACCGGAUCUCGCUGAACGGCAUGAAAGUGUCGCGGCCCGACGUGCGCAUCGGGCGCUACCGCAUGAUCAAGCACGAGCGCGACCGGCACAACGAGCCCAACCCCCAGAGGUUCACCAAGAUCCAGAACACGAAGCUGACGAUGCGCCGGGACGGCAUCAGCUCGCUGCAGUACCGGCUGGUGGAGGUGUCGCGCCACCCGCUCUAUACCAACGUCACGGUGGACAUUGGCAAGCCGCCCCCGCGCCCAGCCCGUGGAUAGCGUCGCUGGAGCCCGGGCACCGCACCCGCGCCUGGCCCUGCCCCAGUCUUGGGGCGCUCGGACACUGCAGGGCCUGGCCCCAGCCGGGGGCAUGCACGGAUCUGGGCCCUGCCCCUGCCGGCGGCUCCAUCAUCUUGUCGGCAGGGCCCGCAGGGGGACUUGGCAGCACGGUGCCCGCCCUGCCCACCUGCCCGUGCCCCUGGCAGAGGACCCAGACCCGGUGGCUCUGCUCUAUCCCUGCAGGUGCUGGGGGCCAUGGAAAGCUGUGGCCCUCCUGCCCCCGUCCCGCCGGGCCGGGACGCCCGGUUCACUGCCUCUGCACAACUCGCCCGGAUGCCCUGGCCCCCUCCUGCCGUCUUCCUCUGCUUCGGUGCCCGGUGCUCGGAGCUGGGCCUGGUCAGGCCUCCCAUGCCCCCUAGCCUGGGCUGCGCCUCAGGUGAGUGACUGGCUGCUCUGUGCCUCAGUUUCCCCAUGCAGGGGCGGUGCCCCAGGGCAUGAGCACAGCCUCCCUGGGCACCUGGAGCUAUCAGAGGGCUGGUCUGAGCCCCUCAGCCCCUCUCCCACCUGGCUUGGGGGCUAGGCCCCUCCAUCCCGCCUGCCCCGUGGUGCUGGCACGAUGCAGCCGGGGCUUGGGCCCUGCCCUGGUCGCUGGGCGAGGAGGCAGGGACCAGCCCGAGCCCCCGGCUGGGCAGGCCCCACAUUCGCCUGCAACCACAUUCCAGGCCCGCCCGGGGCACGGACCGGGGGGCAUUAGGCACUUUACCACCAGCUCCACUGCCCAGUGCCGGGGGAGCCUCCACGUGCUGGGGGCUGGAUGCGCUCAGCCCUGCCCCCCCGGCGGUCUCCGUCUGACCCGUUACACGCACGUGGCAGACCUGGGAGGUGCGAGGGGCUGGUGGGGGCACAGCUGCUGUGCCCCCCCCCCGGCCCCAGAAGCAGACCCGGGCCCUGGGUGGGUGCGUGGCCUUGCCCGGGGCUGGCGGGGCAGGGUGGCUGCCUGCGGGGCCGUGCCCGGGCGACUUUUGUACCUGUGAAUGUCUGACCCUUUUGGAGCCUGCGUCGCCGCCGCCUUCGGACUUUUGUAUUUAAUAAAGUUUCCAAUGUUC